AUGAAUUGCAAGCUGCUGUUGGCAUUUUGGUGUACUUUGGCGUUUACUUAUGGCAGUGAAGAGCCAAGUGCUAGUUCAUAUGUGUAUAGAAGUUUCGACACAGGACCAAAACACGUGGUAUACUUGAACCCUGCACGGCAAAGACUUGUAUUUCCUACGCUAACUCAGCAUGAAACAAUCGCAUUUAAAGCUAAUUUAAAACCUGGUGAUGAUCAUGAUAGUAGUGAAGAAGCUGGCACAAUAGAGGAUAGUGCAGAAAUCGAGUCAAAAGUGAAAGAGGUUAAGGAAUUAGACGAAUCGGAUGAAUCUUCUGAAAAACUUCGUUACUCCAAGAAUGGUGAAAGGAAUCAUCAUGGGUUUAAAACACAGCGUAAUUUAGCGAAAGGAAGCAAAGGCAGUCACGGAAAGGAGAAUCAUUCUCGUUCAUACGCUAAUGAAGGAGAAAAAAAUAAAUCAUAUAACGAUGAAGAUUCUUAUCAUAAGAAUCAUCACGAUGAGGAACAUCACACCCGAGGAGGCAAGCAUAGUGAAAAGAAGCAUCACAAGAAAGGAUCAAAAACGACUGGCUACCAUAAUGUUUACCACAAGGACGAGUUCAAGAAGGAGCAUAUAUUUUACGAUACUGCAGAUCACUCUGGGUCAUUUAGAAAGUACGGAUCUUCACAUAAAGAACGAUCAGACGAUAACGAGGAGUAUGCACAAGGUGGACACAAGGAGGAGUCACAUUCGAAUAAGAAAAAAUCCAAAAACGGUUAUUCCAAAGACGGGAAAUACGACAGCAAUCAUCGAGAGUAUAAUAAGAGUCGGAAAGAUUCAAGUGACUAUCGGGAUCGGGAGGCCUUUCGAAAUGAGAAUGGAGAAACAGGAUCGAAUGCACACGGUUACAAAAUUUAUCAUCAAUAA